GGUUGUCUACAUCUACCCUCCUCAGACCCUACGUUAGCUUUGCUAUUGAACAGAAAUGCUGCAUUUGGAACAUAUAAAGAUGAACUUAUACGCCAACUUCGUGAAUUAGCGAAAUCCGAAACAAAUGUUGAUGGUAGUCAAGACAUGAUUAAACCAAUAAGCGAGUUUCUGCCCGCACAAAACUUCCAACUCGAAGGUAGGAGUUCAGGAUUUGAACAAAAGUCAGAAGAGAAUGCAAAUACGUCAUUUGAGGCUAAUACAUUUCAAUGGUGCCUAGAUAGUUCCGAUGCUGGAAGUGUGGAUUUUUUUUCCGAUCAUUUGGUUGAACAUACCACUGAAGCAAACUGCAUAGUUCCCGACGGAAAUUUUGAUAAUAUUCAAAGUACAAGCCACGCUAAUGUAGAUCAUCGAGGCCAAUCGCAUCAUAACGUUGCUGAGAACAUACCGGUCUUUCAUGGUGUUGGUGUACGUGAAAUUAACAGCCAGGAGCGAGAGACUGCGAUCACAAGAUACAAAGAGAAGAAGAAAUCUAGAAGGUACGAUAAGCAUAUCAGAUACGAGUCGCGAAAGGUACGAGCUGAAAGCAGGACGAGAAUCAGGGGUCGUUUUGCCAAAAUGGAUCGAUGAACCGUUUUACACGUGCCUUUGAGAUUAUAGGUUUGAUAAAAUGAUAUAGUGUAGUCAUGUAGAGUUGUGCUAUGGUAUGCGGAAAUUUAUGGUCAAAAGGUGGUCGGUGCUCGCGACCACCAUCAUGAGUUUCCGCCUACUGUAGUUUUUCGGUAGAGUGUAUGGUGUUAUCCGGCCCAUAGUUGCAGUGUUAGGUUACUGGCGUUAUCGCUUGAUUGUUGUUCGAGUAAUAUUAUGUUGCAAGUGUUGCUUGAAAAACAAAUAAAUAUGAGUUUUUGGUUUAAACUUUUG